AUGAGACCCGCUUUCCGAUACUUACGUGCCCAUCAAUUAACGUCUCCAGCGCCACUGGAAGUAUUCAAUCGUCAUGUCAAGUUUCUACAGAAAGAAAGAGCAGCAAAAAAUAUCAAUCAAAGUCGCCAGGUGGACUACCUCAAAGACGAGGUAGCCACACGACUAACCGACAGACUAUUUGACGUGAAACGAGACUUCCCCCAUGUUCUUGACUUGGGGGCCAACUCUUGUAACAUAGCUAGAGCUCUCACUCUUCUACCUCAUAGUUUCAAAUCCAGAGAGGCUGCGGAUCCUUUGAAUUUCAGCAAAAUAUCACAUCUAACAGCAGCGGAACUUUCCCGAGCUACUUUAUAUCGGGAUGUUGAUCUUCCCUUUAACAAGGAAAUCAAUCUUACUCGCGAGAUUAUUGACUAUGAGAAGGAUCUUCCCUAUGAAAGUCAUACAUUCGACGCAGUUUUAAGUUCUCUAAGCAUGCAUUGGAUUAAUGAUCUGCCAUUUGUUCUCGGUCAGAUAAAUAGAGUGCUUAAACCUGAUGCUCCAUUUUUAGCCUCAAUGUUUGGGGGAGAUACACUAUACGAGCUUCGAACUUCUCUACAACUCGCUGACAUGGAAAGAAGGGGUGGUGUUUCACCACAUGUAUCCCCGCUUGCAGAUGUGAAAGAUAUUGGAAGCUUGUUACAAAGGGCAGGAUUCAAAAUGUUGACUGUAGAUUUUGAUGAUAUAAUCAUAGACUUCCCGGAUACUUUCUCCUUAAUGCAAGACUUGCAAGCUAUGGGGGAAAGUAAUGCAACUCUUGCAAGAGAAUUAAGGGCAAUUAGAAGAGAUGUUCUUCUAGCUAACGAAGGUAUAUAUCGGGAAUUAUACGGGAAUGAGGAUGGGUCACUGCCCGCAACAUUCCGAAUGAUCUACAUGAUUGGAUGGAAAGAGGGUCCUAAUCAAGCUCCGCCUUUGCCUCGUGGAUCAGGGAAUAUAGAUAUGGCCAAGGCUUUAAGUAAUGUCGCGAAAUUGAAGUAG